CGGCCCAGCGUUAGGGUGGCAGUUGGCGCUGAGGGCAAGGGUGCGCCGGGGUUUCCGGUCUGCGCCUGCGGAAUCGCCGUUUGACCCCGGAAGUGCGAGAGCUCCGGCAGCUGUCACUGGGAACCGCGGUGCCGGCUGCGGGGGCGGUACGGGGCCAGUGGUGAAGCAGCCGAGGAGGGUCACGCAGCACAAUGCCAUCUCUGCCCCUGGAUCAACUCCAGAUCACUCACAAGGACCCGAAGACAGGAAAGCAGAAGACUUCACCAGCACUGCACCCCGAGCAGAAGGCAGACCGGUAUUUUGUGUUAUACAAACCGCCCCCUAAAGACAACAUUCCCGCCCUAGUGGAGGAGUACCUGGAACGCGCCACCUUCGUAGCCAAUGACCUCGACUGGCUCCUGGCCUUGCCUCACGAUAAAUUCUGGUGCCAGGUAAUCUUUGAUGAGACCCUGCAAAAGUGCCUGGACUCCUAUCUGCGCUAUGUCCCCCGUAAGUUCGACGAGUGGGUGGCCCCGACCCCUGAGGUUGCUGAAAUGCAGAAGCACUUACAUCGGAGUGUUUUCCUCACCUUCCUCCGAAUGUCCACACACAAGGAAUCCAAAGAUCACUUUAUUUCCCCUUCUGCAUUUGGAGAAAUCCUCUACAAUAACUUCCUUUUUGACAUCCCAAAGAUCCUGGACCUCUGUGUGCUCUUUGGAAAAGGAAACUCACCACUCCUCCAGAAGAUGAUAGGAAAUAUCUUCAUCCAGCAACCAAGUUACUAUAAUGACCUGGAUGAAACCGUGCCCACCAUCCUUCAGGUAUUCAGCAAUAUUCUCCAACACUGUGGUUUGCAAGGGGAUGCAACCAGGAGCACUCCCCAGAAGCUUGAGGAGAAGAGCCGGUUGACUCCCAGCGACAUGCCUCUUCUGGAACUAAAGGAUGUUAUUCUCUACCUUUGUGAUACCUGCACUACACUCUGGGCCUUUCUGGAUAUCUUCCCUUUGGCUUGCCCAACCUUCCAGAAACACGACUUCUGUUACAGACUAGCUUCCUUUUAUGAAGUGGCAAUUCCGGAAAUGGAGUCUGCAAUUAAGAAGAGGAGACUUGAAGAUAGCAAGCUGAUGGCUGAUUUGUGGCAGAGGCUCUCCCAUUCCAAGAAGAAGCUAAUGGAGGUUUUUCACAUCAUCCUAAACCAGAUCUGUCUCCUUCCCAUCCUAGAAAGCAGCUGUGACAGUGUUCAGGGCUUCAUUGAAGAGUUCCUUCAGAUCUUCAGCUCCUUGCUUCAAGAGAAGAGGUUCCUCCGUGACUAUGAUGCACUCUUCCCUGUGGCUGAAGACAUCAGCUUGCUGCAACAGGCCUCGUCAGUCUUGGAUGAGACACGCACUGCCUACAUCCUCCAGGCAGUGGAAAGUGCGUGGGAAGGAGUGGACAGACGGAAAGCCGUGGAUACUAAAAACCCAUCAGUGGCCAAGGACCCUAGUAGAGAUUCUAAUGGGGUCAUGGUGACAGCAGAGCCAGUCAGCCAAACACAGUCACAACUGGAGAACUCAGAGCAAGAGGAGUGCAUGGGAGCAGCUGCCACCCUUGGCCCCACCGUAUGUGGUGUUGAGCUGGACUCACUCAUCUCCCAAGUGAAGGACUUGCUGCCGGACCUUGGAGAGGGCUUCAUCCUGUCCUGCCUGGAGCACUACCACUAUGACCCGGAGCAGGUGAUCAACAACAUCCUGGAGGAGCGGCUACCACCUGCCCUCAGCCAGCUGGACCGCAGCCUAGACAGACAGGCAAAGCCAGACCCCACCCCCCUGUUGACAUCUCGUCACAACGUCUUCCAGAAUGAUGAAUUUGAUGUGUUCAGCAGAGAUUCAGUGGACCUAAGCCGGAUACACAAAGGCAGGAGGAAGGAAGGGAGCACUCGGAGCCUGCUGAAUGACAAGCGCGCAGUGGCGGCGCAGCAGCGGCGCUAUGAACAGUACAGCGUGGUGGUGGAGGAGGUGCCACUGCAGCCAGGCGACUACCACAGUGAGAACUAUGAGGAUGAGUAUGAUGACACGUAUGAUGGCAACCAGGUGGGCGCCAAUGACGCAGACUCGGAUGAUGAGCUCAUCAGCCGCAGGCCUUUCACCAUCCCCCAGGUGCUGAGAACCAAAGUGCCCAGAGAAGGGCAGGCAGAGGAGGAAGAUGAAGAGGAGGAGGAAGCUGAAGAUGAGGGCCCCAAGCCUGACCAUUUUGUGCAGGACCCUGCAGUACUGAGGGAGAGGGCAGAAGCCCGGCGCAUGGCUUUUCUUGCCAGGAAGGGGUACCGACAUGACAGCUCAACAGCAGUGGCAGGUGGUCCCCGGGGCCACGGACAGAGCCGGGAGACAACACAGGAGCGCCGAAAGAAGGAAGCUAACAAAGCAAUAAGAGCCAACCACAACCGGAGAACCAUGGCUGACCGCAAGAGGAGCAAAGGCAUGAUCCCUUCCUGAGGCCUCCUCUUCAGCUGGCCCUUUGCAGCCUCUGAGACGUCACCUCAUUGCCUACCAGCCAUCUAGGAGCACCUUCUUGUAGAACACACAGUGCCUUAUCCCUCAGUAGAGGAUCCGGCAGGCCACCAAGACACCACCUUCUCCAGAUGCGCUGGUGGGAAAGGGCAGGGAACUGAGUCCCAAAACAAGCUCCCCAGACCUCGUGCACCGGACACCACCUUCCUUUACCCAUGGAUGGCAGGAAACCUGUUUGUUGGAAGCAACACAAGGCCUGCAAAUAAAGUUUCUGACCCUUUUUAGCAA